GACACAUGAAGUGAAUCUCGUUCUGAUGCUUUGAAUAUAAACGGUCUGCAGGACUUGCGGGAAUUAAAUCCUAUUUAAUGAAGCAAAGCUGUAACAGUGUGAAUAGUCAAUGAUGAAACUUCGUACUAAUCGAGCGACAAUGGAAUUUCCUCUGGCUGGCUUGAAAAUGUUACUUGUCAUUGUCUUGUCCCUUGUCACAUUGAUACACCAAUGUCUGGGCGCGGAUAGUAUUGAUAAGCUUCUGAAGAAACAUCCAACUUGGUCGUUUGAGGUGCAAAGCGUUGAGGCAGUCAUCAAGGACGCUUUGCAUAAACACAAGUUGAAUGGAAACAACUUCGAGUUGACGGAAACAAUGUUGCGAGAGAAAAUGAGGAGAAGUCUGGCUCCCGGAGCUACCCAUAUCGUGAGGAAAGUCGGCGACCCCAAAUGGGAAUCCAACCCGGAGAAUGUUCCCCACUUCUUCGACGCAAGAGAACACUGGAAGGACUGCGCCUCCCUGAUGAACCAGAUUGAAGACCAAGGCGCUUGUCGCACAGAUGGGCCUGGUGUCGUCUCUUCUCUUAUGGCCGAUCGCUACUGCAUAUUUACAAAUGGUACUUUUAAGGAGAAGUUGUCCCAAGAGAUGCUCAUGAGAUGUGCCGAGGCCUGUACCCACGAUUCCUUCCAACUCUAUUCAUGGGAGUAUGCAACGGAAGAAGGAAUUCCUACCGGUGGAGCGUAUGGGUCGGGCAAGGGGUGCAUGCCUUACAGGUACCCUCCGUGCGAUCAUACUAGUUUGUAUGAUGUUAACGCAAGUAUCGGCAAAGCGAAACUGGAAGAAUGUAAGGGUCAGUUUAUCUUCGACGACGAUUGUCCCACAAAAUGCACGAACAAGAACUACAAAACAUCCAUCGACAAGGAUCGAGUGAAAUUCACAGCAUUUUACUUCCUGUCAAUGGAUGAAUUUUACAUAAGGAAUGAAAUCAUGACUUACGGUCCAGUCAGUGCAAGCGUAGGGUUAUACAGUGAUUUCCUUGAAAAACCAGAUGGAAUUUUCCAAAGCAAAGAAGACAGGAUCGGCCUUGAAGAUGAAAAAUUAAUGAAGAUCAUUGGUUGGGGUAAAGAGAAUGGCAUCAAAUACUGGCUUUGUAUGCAUACUUGGGAUACUUGGGGUGACAAAGUUUUCAAAAUGCCACGAGGUGUAAAUUAUGACCAAAUCGAGCUCAUCGUGCUUACUGGAGUUUUUGAAGACCUCGACGCUGAGUAGAUAGAUUUAAGCAUCCGCAAGAAGAUUUAAAGUGAAUUUCCAUCCUUCGCAACUUUGAUCAUCCUGUCGAUACAUUUAAAAAGAUUAAUUUUCAUACUAUCUACAUGUUUUGGUGGAUACGAAAAGACGUGCAAUAGUCUAGUGCUGGUAAAAGUAUUUAGAUAAGACGCAUACAAAACUGAAAUACUUUGCGUCCUAAGCUGAAACAAGAGCAUCUGAAUAGGGAGAUUAAACACAUGUGUGUAAUUAUGCAGAGUAAAUUUAAGCAGCUUAUAGAGCUCUUAAUGCCCAAACCAACGCCAUUUUGCAUAAAUUCAAUACGUUCAAGUCAAUCAGCAAGGUCGGACAUGAAAUUUUUAAAAAAAUCUGCAAAAUGUUCAUGUUUAUUUCGUCACAUUUUAAAUUUUAAGGGGUAUUAUUAGAGGAAAAUUUCAGGAAGAAACCAAUGAAACCACUUUUAAAAUCUCAAAAUUUUGUAUACAUGGUGUUAUAAACUUUUAAAGUUUCCAAAUUUCGUCCGACCUCUCCUAUACAUUAACGCGGCAACAAAAUGUUAAAUUUAAGUCUACAAAUCUACUGAAAUAAGGCACAAAAUGCAUGACGCUAAAAACCGGAUUUUUAUGCCCUCUCUCUCCUCUCGUCAUGCACCUGUAACUCACAUUUGUACUUUCUUUCUAAAAAAAAACAUAACUCUUUCCUUGACAUUCCCUUCCCUCAAAAAAUUAGAAAUGACAAAUGAUAGAAUGAUGUUCUCCUUUAUUUGUUCAUGCAAAAAUUGAUCGAGGCAAAUACGAGAGAGGAAAUUGCACAGAGGCGGAUCCAGUAAUUUGGCAACACCGGAUUCCCUACAUUUAAACCUAUGUUAAAUAAUCGAUUCUUGUCGGAGCACCUAGUCCCUCCAAGAAUCGAUACAUUUCCGGAGGUUUGAAUUACGAAAAACAAUGUUGCCAACUUGCUUGAUCCGCCAAUGAAAAUGUAGGGAAAACAAGCGGUUCGAACAUUUUUUCAAUCAAUGGAGGAGAACAUUAAAAAAACAGACAACAUUUUAAAAAUGGUUACAAUAAAAUAAAAUGGAAAAA